AUGGCCAACAGAAUACUUCUGUUGUGCCUCUUAGUUUCGUGUUUAACUGUGACAUACAUAGAAUGUUGGAGAAGCAGUGGAAGUCGCAGUAGCAGCAGGAGUAGUAGCAGUGGCAGUAGAAGCAGAGGUGGUUCCUCUUUUGGCAAGAGCUGGGGGUCCUCGAGUCACAGUUCCAAACCUAGUUGGAGCUCAAGCUCAGGCUCGUCAAGUCACUGGGGAUCAAGUUCGGGAUCAUCAUCCCACAGUUACCCAUCAUCUUCGAGUCACUGGGGAAGUUCAGGAUCAACAUCACACAGUUACCCGUCCUCGUCAUCAGGACUUUCUGGAGGUUCAUCAUCUUCAAGCAACUGGGGAAAAUCAGGAUCUACAUCACAUAGCUACCCGUCAUCAUCAUCAGGACUUUCGGGAUCAGGAUCACAUAAAUAUCCUUCCUCAUCAUCAGGGUUAUCUGGAUCUGGAAUAUCUGGAUAUCCUUCUUCAUCGUCCUCAGGAUGGGGUUCCGGGUCGUCAAGUUAUCCUUCAUCAUCCUCAGGAUUAUCUGGAUCAGGGUCGAGUAGCAAAUAUCCUUCAUCUUCAUCUGGAUCCUCGUGGGGUUAUCCAUCAUCAUCGUCGGGUUUAUCUGGAUCCGGCUCUGGUUCCUAUAAAUACCCGUCAUCAUCAUCAGGGCUUUCUGGAUCAAGUUCAAGCUCUAGUAAAUACCCGUCGUCGUCUUCAGGACUUUCUGGAUCAGGUUCAAGUUCAAGCAAAUACCCUUCAUCAUCAUCAGGACUCUCUGGUUCAAGUUCCAGUAAAUACCCAUCGUCGUCUUCAGGGCUUUCUGGAUCAGGUUCAAGCUCUAGCAAGUAUCCCUCAUCGUCUUCGGGACUUUCCGGCUCAGGAUCUAGUUAUAAACCAACAUCAAGUUCGGGAAGCCAUUCUUACCCGUCAAGUUCAACAGGAAUGUCUGGCUCUGGAUCAAGUUACAGACCAUCAUCAAGCUCUGGAAGCCAUACUUACCCGUCAAGUUCUACUGGAAUGUCUGGUUCUGGAUCAAAUUACAGACCUACAUCGAGUUCUGGAACUCACUACUACCCACCAAGUUCUAACAACAAUAAGUACAAACCAACUCACACCUACAACACGAACAGUCGCCCAUCUACAACCGUUCAUCACACAACGAAUCAUUAUUACCACACCAAUGUUCCCUAUUCUGUACCAACGUACUACUCAACACCACAAUACGUAUACAUCCAAGACUUCAGGCACUCCAACAGUCGGUACGGAGACUUGCUGACUGGAUUAUCGUUGUACAACCUCGGCCGCUCGCACAGUCAUUACCAUGACCACUAUUACUAUGAUGAUUACUACAGACGCAGGUACGACAUGCCGAGUUCGUCAUCAUACGGUUCCUCAUCCUACAGACCACAGACUAGGCCUCAAGACGAAGCAAAUUGCAUAUUGAAAGUUAAAGAAAAUGGACGAGAAGAAGCACUUAAAAUUCCUUGUGAAAUUGUUUCAACCUUCACUCAAGACAGUAAAAAAGUGGCGCCGACGCAACAAACUCAAGUGAAUAAAACCGUGUGCACGACAACAACCACCAUAAUUAACAGUACAGUGACGACAGCACCUGCUACAUCUGCAGCCACCACACUGAACCCUGUGCUUUCAGUGUUGCCAGUUAACGCUACUAGAUCCAAUACUACUGUGACAGCCAACCAAACUGUGACAACCAACGUUUCUUUAGGCAACGUACCACCACCGCUUUACAACAAUGCCACAACGAUAGCAAACAUGACAUUGGCACCAAACGGCACUCUAAUAAUGACACCUGUAAGCACUCCCGCCCCAAUAGUUCCUAGUAUCGAUGUGAAGACUAAUUUGGGAACUUUAGCACCCAACGGCACCAUUAUUCCUACAGUGACUGUUAACAGCACUGUGCCACAGAACAAUUCUGCAGCGAACACAACAGUGACCACAGUGACUUCGACAGCGAACGGUUCCUCAUCUUACAUCACCAAGACGGUGACAACGAACGCGACCAUGGUGAACGUGACAGUGUGCACUACUAAUUCAACCCUCGUAGAUCCUCUAAGUGUAAAAGGCCCCCCAGUGAACCCCGAUAACAUGGAGUGUGCGGUAGAGAUUCAAACAAGAGACGCUUUCUUACGCAAUGUUAUUGAUUGUAAAACUUUGAUGGCUUAUUCCAAAAUGCCGGAGCCUAAGAAAGACACAGGUAUAUUACCACCACGGGAAAAAUUAAAAUCAUGGCUGAAGAACCCUCCCUGGUGGAUGUCUCUGUUCAUUGCUGUGUAAUUAAGUGCAAAACUUGUGUUGUGUUUUAAAAUUGUACCACGUUUGUGGUAUAAAUA